AUGCGCAACAUUGCUGUUUUGUCUGGUUCAAGCCAUCCUAGUCUUGCAAAAGACAUUUGUGAAAGACUGGGCAUUCCUUUGGGCAGUGCAUCUCUCAAGAAAUUCAGUAACAAAGAAACCAAUGUGUCUAUUGGAGAAAGCGUUCGUGAUGUCGAUGUUUAUAUCGUUCAAUCUGGUUGUGGUGAUGUUAAUGACAACUUCAUUGAAUUGCUGAUUAUGAUUUCUGCUUGUCGUACUGCCUCGGCUCGUAAGGUGACGGCAGUCAUUCCUUGCUUUCCAUAUUCUAGACAGCCAGAGACUCCUUACAAUAGCAGUGUCAUUCCUCCACCCACUGUUGUGGUAAAUGAAUCUACAACUUCUUUGGAUGGCUCUCGUGGUGCUUCCCAAGGCACUUACAAACACUGGACUGCACGAUCUGGGACUCUUAUUGCUAAUAUGCUCAUGGCUGCUGGCGCCGAUCAUAUUAUCACUUUGGAUUUACAUGACCCUCAGUUCCAAGGAUUCUUUGAUAUUCCCGUUGACAAUCUUUAUAUUCAGCCGUUAAUGAUCAAAUACAUCAAGGAAAAAAUUCCCCAUUACGACAAGGCUGUUAUUGUCUCCCCCGAUGCUGGUGGUGCUAAAAGAGCCACUGUUAUUGCCGACAAGUUGAACAUGGACUUUGCCCUUAUUCACCGAGAACGUCGUAAUACCGAAUCUCCAGCGUCGUCAAGUAUGAUUCUUGUAGGAGAUGUUCGGGACAGAGUCUGUAUUCUCAUUGAUGAUAUUGCGGAUACAUCCUUUACAAUCACUCGUGCAGCAAAGAUCUUGGUUGAAAAUGGAGCAACAAAAAUUGUUGCCAUCAUCACACAUGGCAUCUUGAGUGGAGAUGCCAUCAGUCGUAUUACUGCAAGCAAUAUCGACGAGUUGGUUGUCUCUAGCAGUGUUCCUCAGCAAGAACACACUGAAAGUUGCUCUAAAAUCAAAGUGAUUGAUAUUGCACCUAUUUUUGCAGAAGCCAUUCGUCGUAUCCACAAUGGCGAGAGUGUCAGUUUCCUCUUUGAUGCUGUUCCAUAUUAA